AUGGUCACUAUCGGUGUACUACUACUAUAUAGUUUUGCAAUUGUUGACCAGUUUAAGCUGCCGAUAGACGACGAUGAGUGGAAUGGACGUCUAGCCAGAUCAAACGGUGCAGGCGCUACGAGAAUGGACGCCACAUCAGCAUUUUCUGCUGCGGUGGCUGAACGGCUAAAUUACAAGAAGAUCUUCUUAGUGAGGUACUCCGACUUGGACUUCGCACCACAGCCUGAAGAGCCACACGUUGAGGCUAGGGUCUAUAUCAAAGAACUUUAA